AUGAGUUCAAAAGAACGUGAAGAUAUAUAUAUUUCUGAAACUAGCUUAAAAAAGCGUUUAAAAAAAGAAGAAUUAUUAAAAAAUCUAGAUUUAGAAUUGAAUCAAAGGCUUCAGCAGAUUGAAUCUUAUUCUUUAUUACUUCAAAAUACUGUUCUUUUAUGUGGAGAGAUGCGUCUUAAUCGUAUUCCAAGAGCUAUACGGACCAUGACUCUUAGAGAGCUUUAUUCAAGACAUGCUGCAUCAGAAAAUAAGGAAAACAUAUCCUAUAUUAUAAAAUGA